UUUUUAUUCCAAGUGGGAUGUCAUCUGUAGGUGAGAGAAAGGCUCUUUCAGCCUCAUCUUCCUCUAACUUUCCUGGAUAAACCAAAUCCUUUUGAAACAUCAUCUGAAUUUAGCCUCUAUAUAUUUCCAGAUUCCUCGCUCUGGGUAUUAUUACUCUCUCAUUCCCUUCUCAAAAACCUUCCACUCUCUCUUCCUCAUCGUAUCUUCACAGUUUCAGCUCCAUCGCCUGCCUCUUUGCUUCUUCUUUUCUUGUUCUAUAGUGUAAUUUCAGUGAUGGAAUCGACUUGGGUGGAUACGACUCUCGACCUCAACAUCAAUUCUUCCCAUAAUACCAUCAAAGUUCUGAAGAGAGAAUCCAGUGGAAAACUGGCUGAUUCUGAUGUGAAAGUACCAGUUAAACAAGAGACCGGAGCUUUGGUGGAGGAAUUGAACCGGAUUAUCGCUGAGAACAAGAAGCUAACUGAGAUGCUAACAGUUUUAUGCGAGCGCUACAGCUCUUUGCAGAACCAAUACAUGGAAUUGGUGAGCAGGAACUCGGGAAGUGAUGCAACAGCUGCAACAUCAAAAAAGAGAAAAGCCGAGUGUGAGGAUUAUGUCCCUAUGAUUGGAUUCAGUGGAAAAGCUGAGAGCAGCUUUAGUGAUGAAGACUCGUGCAAAAAGCCUAAGGACUGCAUCAAAGCAAAAAUUUCAAGGGCUUACGUCCGCACAAAUCCUUCUGAUAACAGCCUGAUUGUGAGAGAUGGAUAUCAAUGGAGAAAAUAUGGUCAAAAGGUUACAAGAGAUAACCCCUCUCCGAGGGCAUACUUCAAGUGCUCCUUCGCCCCAAGUUGUCCCGUCAAGAAAAAGGUGCAAAGAAGUGCUGAAGAUCCAUCAAUCCUGGUUGCUACUUAUGAAGGAGAGCACAACCAUGCACAACACUCUACACCAGCAUUAUCAUCAUUAAGCCCCAACAGUGGUACCAGUAACCCUCGUUCAGCUCCUGUUUCUUCUUCUUCUUCUGCCCCCACCAAAUCUUCACCUCCCACAGUAACUCUGGAGCUGAUGAAACCAACUGGGUUGGGUAAUGAUACCAAAAACCCAACCCAACAAGUUGAUGAACCAGCUAUCCAAAAGAUUUUAGUUCAACAAAUGGCAGCUUCUUUGACUAGAGACCCGACUUUUACAGCAGCUCUAGCUGCAGCCAUAUCUGGAAAAGUUCUAGAUCACAAGUGGUAAAAUUCAACAUACUUAGGGAGAAAUCCAUAGUUAUGUAAUUCUUUUUCCUUUUUGUUUAGAUUGGUAGAGAGAGUUUCAGUAUCAACUGAUGUAAAUAGAAUCUUGAAUCUAAUAUCCGAAAAGAAAAUGAAGGUAAUUCUUUUCCUAA